CGAAUUCUGAGUAUAAACGACAGACUGAGCGGGUUUGAAUACUUACAGAAACGGAAAUAUUGCACAUUUACCUUCAUUUCAAAUCCAUUUCAAGUUGGCGUACAGUCUGUCGCAGUUAAACGAGGGAUAUACGUCCGGCAAAACAGACACUUGGAGAAGUGAAGACGAAUUAAGCGCCUGUCUUUUGUUUAUCGAGGCUCGCCGGUACUGGUAACGCGGACGCGCGGAGGUGAAAGGACCCUCUACCGCGAGCUAGCUGAGUUAGCUAGCACAGUUAACCGAUCAUCUUCACUUACACACGGUGCCGACAGACUGAAGAAAAAGUGGUUUGUUUGGAUGUGGACAGAUCUCCUCCUUCAGGGAAACCAUGGGAUUGACCGGGAGGAAAUCGGAGAAGGGUCCUGUUUGCUGGAGGAGGCGAGUAAAGUCUGAGUACAUGCGACUGCGGCAGCUCAAACGCUUCAGGAGGGCAGACGAGGUCAAGAGCAUGUUCAGCUCCAACAGACAAAAAAUAUUGGAGCGCACCGACAUCCUAAACCAGGAAUGGAAACUGAGGCGGAUACAGCCAGUUCAUAUUAUGACACCUGUGAGCUCCUUGCGUGGAACCAGAGAGUGCACUGUUGACAGUGGCUUUUCUGAGUUCUCUAGACAAGUCAUUCCUCUCAAAACACUGAAUGCUGUAGCCUCUGUUCCUGUCAUGUACUCGUGGUCUCCCCUCCAGCAAAAUUUUAUGGUUGAAGAUGAGACGGUAUUGCACAACAUCCCUUACAUGGGUGAUGAAAUCCUUGAUCAAGACGGCACCUUCAUAGAAGAGCUGAUUAAAAAUUAUGAUGGAAAAGUUCAUGGAGAUAGAGAGUGUGGCUUCAUAAAUGACGAGAUCUUUGUGGAGCUGGUGAAUGCACUCAAUCAGUACAGUGAUAAUGACGAAGAUGAUGAGGAGGAUGAUCAUCAUGAUUGUAAGUUUGAGAAGAUGGACCUCUGUGAUGGAAAAGAUGAUGCUGAAGACCACAAGGACCAGCUGAGUUCUGAGAGUCACAACAACGAUGGAUCAAAAAAGUUUCCCUCUGAUAAAAUCUUUGAAGCCAUAUCUUCGAUGUUUCCUGACAAAGGCUCAACUGAAGAACUCAAAGAAAAAUAUAAAGAACUCACUGAGCAGCAGCUCCCAGGGGCUCUUCCUCCUGAAUGCACCCCCAACAUUGAUGGACCAAAUGCCAAAUCAGUGCAAAGAGAGCAGAGUCUGCACUCCUUCCAUACCCUCUUCUGCAGGCGUUGCUUCAAAUACGAUUGCUUCCUUCACCCUUUUCAUGCAACUCCAAACACAUACAAGCGGAAGAACAUGGAGAAUGUGGUCGACGGCAAACCUUGUGGCAUUUAUUGCUACAUGUAUAUGGUUCAGGAUGGACUGGUUGGGGAAUACCCAGCAGGUGUAGUUGCUGAACGUGCCAAGACCCCUUCAAAGCGCAGCACAGGCCGACGCAGAGGAAGACUCCCGAACAGCAACAGCAGACCCAGCACCCCGACGGUCAACUCUGAGACUAAAGACACAGACAGCGACCGGGAGGGUGGAGCAGAUGGAAACGACAGCAAUGAUAAAGACGAUGAUGAUAAAAAGGAUGAGACCACCAGCUCCUCAGAAGCAAACUCUCGCUGUCAGACUCCAGUAAAGCUGAAGUUGAGCUCAGAGCCUCCUGAGAAUGUGGACUGGAGCGGUGCGGAGGCAUCUCUCUUCAGAGUGCUCAUCGGCACUUACUACGACAACUUCUGUGCUAUAGCCAGACUCAUAGGCACAAAGACCUGUAGACAGGUUUAUGAAUUCAGGGUAAAAGAAUCUAGCAUCAUUGCACGAGCACCUGCAGUAGAUGAAAACACUCCUCAAAGGAAGAAGAAGAGGAAACACAGAUUGUGGGCCACACAUUGUCGAAAAAUUCAACUAAAGAAAGAUGGCUCCUCUAAUCAUGUGUACAACUACCAGCCAUGUGAUCACCCGCGCCAGCCAUGUGACAGUUCUUGCCCUUGUGUCACAGCCCAAAACUUCUGUGAGAAGUUCUGCCAGUGUAGCUCAGAAUGUCAGAACCGGUUUCCAGGUUGCCGCUGUAAGGCCCAGUGUAACACCAAGCAGUGUCCGUGUUACCUGGCUGUACGAGAGUGUGACCCUGACCUAUGCCUCACCUGUGGGGCAGCUGAACACUGGGACAGUAAAAACGUCUCCUGCAAGAACUGUAGCAUCCAAAGAGGAGCAAAGAAGCAUUUGCUGCUGGCUCCAUCUGAUGUGGCCGGGUGGGGAAUCUUCAUCAAAGAGCCGGUUCAGAAGAAUGAGUUCAUCUCAGAGUACUGCGGGGAGAUCAUCUCGCAGGAUGAGGCAGACCGCAGAGGCAAAGUCUAUGACAAAUACAUGUGCAGCUUCCUCUUCAACCUUAACAACGACUUUGUUGUUGAUGCGACAAGGAAAGGAAACAAGAUCAGAUUCGCCAACCACUCGGUGAACCCCAACUGCUAUGCAAAAGUGAUGAUGGUUAAUGGGGAUCACAGGAUUGGCAUAUUUGCGAAGAGAGCCAUACAGACUGGAGAGGAACUGUUCUUUGAUUAUAGAUACAGUCAAGCGGAUGCUCUGAAAUAUGUAGGUAUUGAACGAGAAAUGGAAAUUCCAUGAAGCCAUCUACCUCUCUGAACAAAUGCCUUACACACAUCAGGAAUUCUCUCCACAUGCAUUUCCAAUACAGUUUAGAUACCGUUUUAUAGGACAAGGGCAUCUAUUUGAGAAGAUUUUAACAGUGAUAUUUUGAAGACUUCCUUUUUUUACGUUUUUUUUUUUUACACACGUGACCAACAGGCUUACUCUGGGAUACACUUUCUGAUAGUAACUUGAACAUUCUGUUUACAGUAGAGCCAUUUUGUAACGGGCCAUUGUUUUGUAUCUGGAUUGUAUUUUAUUUUUUCCUCCUUUAAGUUAUUUUGACAGUUUCCUCUAAAUUGUUGGACCAAAUUUCACAUUUAAACCGGCUGUAUGUUUGUAUUACAAAAAAGACAAGCGUAUUUAUAAUCACACAACCCCCAGCUCUGUUCUUCGUGGAAACCAAAGCCACCGUCACUGCUUUGCAUGCGAGUGUCUCAAGAAACAUGUUUUCUGGUGCCAAUGCACAGUAAUGACAACCGGAAGGUCAAAUCAGUAUCAUAUUGCAGUGCCUUGUUUGAUAGUCUCUUUGAUUUAGACAUUUUCCUAAAAUGAUGUACUCUAAUUGUUGUCUGCAUGAACAGCGCUUUCAUGUGGUGUUGGAACCAGGUGACUCUUCAUUCCUCACUGUUUUGUAAGGUUUAUCCUGACAGUUGCUAAAUGUAAAGCGAUUGACUCAAGGUGCUGUUCUUCUACCUGCUCACGUAAAAGAAAAAACAAUCCUUUUUUUUUUCCUGAACAGGGGAUACUGUCAAAUCAAAGCAAUAAUACCAGGCUUGACUCCAGACUCCCUAUUUAUUUUAUGAGUGUUCUAAUUUAUUGAUGGCUAUCAGUUGCUGUGAUUUGUCAGUGAGUAUUAGGGAGUUCUUAAUUAGGCACUAGAUUCUUUGUUUUGCUUCACUUAGUCUGUUGCUCCAUUUGUUUAUAAGGGUUUUUGACCACUCCAUCUCCCAUGUUGUUGCCUCCAAUUACAAGGUGCUGUUCGAUUGUUUACAGGGACUUGUUUAACGUGAUAAAAUAAACAUUGAACAUAACUGUC